AAAAAGCAAAUUUUUGAAAAGAAAAAAUCAAGUGCAGUUAAUGAUGUAACAUGUAUUGAUUGCGGUAAAGGAGGUCAUUACACCAAACAAUACUUUAAAUGUGAACUAUAUGAGUCAGAAACAGCAGAUCAAGGUAAGGCAGCUCAGGUGGCUUUGAAAGUUUGGUAAAUCAUCAUUAGUAAGCGACCUCAUUGUACCUAUAGUUGGUUCGAAAGGCAGAAAACGCAAACAGAACUUUGAAAUCAAGAAAGAAAAGAAAAA